CACGCGCCCCCGAUAGGGAAGGGCGGGAGUCGAUCAGGGGCGCGCGCCAGAGGCCACGCUCGCCGGAGCUCUGCCCCAACGGGGACUGGAACCCCGCGCUGAGCCGGGUGGAGGGGCCUCCGGUGGCCACCCGUACCUGGCACCCCUCUACACCGGGAGGGGCGUGGGCCUCUCGGGGAGCGAGCUGCGGGUAGCGGCGCACUGGGGACAGGCGCGCGCUUGGCCGUCGCCUCUCCGCUGUGUUUGGGAGGACUCGAACUGGCGCCAGGAAAUACUAGGAAGCUGUGAUUUUCAAAGCUAAUUAUGAAAACAUUUAUCAUUGGAAUCAGUGGUGUGACAAAUGGUGGGAAAACAACACUGGCUAAGAAUUUGCAGAAACACCUCCCAAAUUGCAGUAUCAUAUGUCAGGAUGAUUUCUUCAAGCCACAGUCUGAGAUAGAGACAGAUAAAAAUGGAUUUUUGCAGUAUGAUGUGCUUGAAGCACUUAACAUGGAAAAAAUGAUGUCAGCCAUUUCCUCUUGGAAGGAAAACGCAAGAUGCUCUGUGGUAUCAACAGACCGGGAAAAUGCUGAGGAAAUUCCCAUUUUGAUCAUCGAAGGUUUUCUUCUUUUUAAUUAUAAGCCUCUUGACAAUAUAUGGAAUAGAAGCUAUUUCCUGACUAUUCCAUAUGAAGAAUGUAAAAGGAGGAGAAGUACAAGGGUCUAUGAGCCUCCAGACUCCCCGGGAUACUUUGAUGGCCAUGUGUGGCCCAUGUAUCUAAAGCACAGACAAGAAAUGCAGGAUAUCACCUGGGAAGUUGUUUAUUUAGAUGGAACAAAAUCUAAAGAGGACCUCUUUUUGCAAGUAUACGAAGAUCUCAUACAACAGCUAGCAAAGCAACAGUGUUUACAAGUAACAGCAUAAAGAUGAAAUGCAGCAAAUCCUUCCUGAAGUGAAUUGAGAAACUCAAAGGAGUAAUUAAGAACCUUAACCAAGAUACAGUGUGUACUGUGACGGCCAUUGUGUCAUAUGUUUGAUUUUAUUGCACAUGGUUUUACCAACAUAUGGAACAGUAAAUAUCUGUGCCAGUGGACAGGACUCUACCUUAGCAAGUUGCUCCCUCUCUAGGGAACACAUAGAUAGAGCAGAGCUCAUAGUGAGUCAGAACAUCUCCACUCUCUGAACCUAGCUCUGUAACAAUGAUUGGCAAACUUAUCUAACUGGAGCUCAGAGUAAGAAAUGAGGAUUACAUCACAAUUCAGUAUAUGUAGAGUUCAUUUAUGUGUGUUUGUGUAUAUGUAGGUGUGUAUAUGUGUGUGUCAUACAUAUAUACAUCAAGUAUCAUAAGACAUUGACUGUAUAUAUUAUGCACUGUGAUAUUUUUCCAUCUUUAAUUUUAAUAAAUAUAUUGAUUGCAACCACAGUUUGAAAAAUGUUGCUCCAUACCAUCCCAUACCAACACUCACCACCUGCAAAUAAUAGCAUUACUAAGAGUUGCAGUCACAUUGAAUAAAUCAACAAUUUGCUGCAAGAUCAGGAUUAUUUGUGUAUUUUGUUGUGUGGGGAGUUUUUUGUUUGUUUGUUUGUUCUUUGUUACUGUUUUGUUUUGUUUUGGUUUUUUUGCAUGUACCUAAUACCAUUGUUGAGACUUUGUUACGAACAGGGUUUGUUGGUUUUUUGUUGGCUUUUUCUUUUCCCCUCUUGGUUCAUUUUGUUUUUGUCAAGCCAGUGGUCUAAAAUCACAGAAAUAAGCAGUUACUUCAAUCACGUGAAAUCCAGGGGACCUAUCUUGGUGGGAAGGCAAUGGUGGGAGAUCUGAAUUGUGUGAUCUCUUAAGGCUGCUUUCAAUGCUGGAAUUUAAAUUAUGUACUGAACAAUAUUUUGCUUAUUAAUAACAAAAUGAUUGUACACUACCAUCUCAGUCUUUAUAAAUAUAUUGUUAUAUUAA